GGGCGUUUCUGGCUAAUUGCUCGCAGACUUCGUCGCCCUCAUUGGUUCACAACUACGGUUCAGCGUGAACCGGGAGGAGGGGGAGCUAUGGUCAAACCCACCGAGCCCCAAACGGCGUCAGGAAGGAUAAGAUAGCGGAGAGCCGCAGCCCGCAGUAGUUGUGUUGUAGCCCCGCUUUCAGCCUGUAUGGGCUAGUCGGCUAGCUAGCUUAGCAUCGUCCUACUACGCCGCGCCGCCGAGAAGCCCGGGUCGCUACCUCACGGUUUUCCUCUUCGUUCCCCGCUGCCCGGCUCCAGGAUGAUGAAGUUUAGGUUUCGUCGGCAGGGCACCGACCCGCAGAGAGAAAAGAUAAAACAGGAGCUUUUCGCCUUCAGCAAGACUGUGGAGCAUGGGUUCCCCCAUCAGCCCAGUGCUUUGGCCUUUGACCCCAAGCUGCAGCUUAUGGCGAUUGGCACAAAGUCAGGAUCCAUCAAAGUCUACGGGGCCCCCGGUGUGGAGUUUACAGGGCUGCACAAAGACCUCAGUGCUGUCACGCAGAUCCACUUCCUGCCUGGACAGGGCCGCCUGCUGUCCCUGUUGGAUGACAACACGAUUCACUUGUGGGAGCUGGUGGUGGGGGCCUCCAGAGAGGUGGGAGGGGUCAAGAGAGAGGGAGUGGUCUCUCUCCAGGAAGUGGGCAACUACAGCCUCCCAGGGAGACCUGGCAUUGAGAGCUGCAGUGCCACUCGAGUGACUGUCCUCCUCUUGCUGAGAUCAUGUGACCUGCUCUGCAUUGGAACAGAGGGUGGGGGUGUCUACUUCUUGGAUCUACCUCGCCUCUCUCUGAAAGACACCCAGACACUGCUCCAGGAUCAGAUCACACAGAGCCUUCCAGAUGACCACAGAUGUGGAAAGUCCUUAGGGCCAGUGGAGUCUCUUCAGGAACAUCCUCAGCGGGCAGGAAAGAUACUGAUCGGCUACAGCCGAGGCCUGGUGGUCCUGUGGGACCUGAGCACCCGUCACGCUGAACAGCUCUUCCUGGGCAAACAGCAGCUGGAGAGCCUGGUGUGGGAACGCUCUGGAAGCUUGUUUGUCAGUUCCCACAACGAUGGCAGCUACUCUGUGUGGCCUGUUGUCAGCGGCAACACCUACAGUCAUCAGCCAGCAUCUUCCACCAUUCCUUAUGGUCCAUUUCCCUGCAAGGCCAUCAACAAGAUCCUUUGGAGGACAACGUGCACAGGGUCCCCAGUGUUGCUGUACAGCGGAGGAAUGCAGAGAGCCAGCUACGGCGACCGCCACUGUCUGACCAUUCAGCGGGACAAGGACCACGUCACCCUCGACUUCACAUCCCGUGUCAUUGACUUCUUCACUGUCCACAGUAUAGAGCCGGAGAAAGAGUUUGAUGACCCCUCUGCGUUGGUAGUGCUACUAGAAGAGGAGCUGGUGGUAAUCGACCUCCAGACUCCGGGGUGGCCCUCUCUGCCCACUCCUUACCUGGCUCCUCUCCACUCCUCAGCCAUCACCUGCUCCUGCCACAUCUCCAGCGUCCCUCCUAAACUCUGGGAGAGGGUGGUCAACGCCGGCCGAGCACAGCAGGGCCGGCAACGCACUCACAGGAGUUGGCCAAUAUGUGGAGGAAAAAACCGGGCGCCACCACCAAGACAACAAGAGCUGUUAUUGACAGGGCAUGAGGACGGCACUGUUCGUUUCUGGGAUGCAUCGGGUGUCGCUCUUACCCCGCUGUACAAACUCAGCACAGCCAACAUCUUCCACACUGACUGUGACCCUAGCGACGACCCUCAGGACCCUAGCAGUGACCCUGAUAUGCAGCAGGAGGAGGAGGAAUGGCCUCCCUUCAGGAAGGUGGGCUGUUUUGACCCGUACAGCGAUGACCCCAGGCUCGGCAUCCAGAAGAUCAGUCUGUGCAAAUACAGCAACAGGCUGGUGGUGGCUGGAACUGCUGGACAGGUGAUUGUGCUGGGUCUGAGCGAUGACCGUUCAGCCCACUUGGUGGACGUGUCAGUGGUUGAUCUGCUGCAGGACAGGGAGGGCUUCACCUGGAAGGGUCAUGACAGACUGGAGCCGCGCCUUAAACCUGCCCCCUUCCCCCCAGGCUUUCAGCCACUGGUGCUGGUGCAGUGCCUGCCCCCGGCCUCGGUCACAGCGGUGGCACUGCAUGCAGAGUGGAACCUGAUCGCCUUUGGGACGAGUCAUGGGUUUGGCCUAUUUGACUACCACAGACGAAACACUGUGUUGGCCAGGUGUACCCUACACCCUAAUGACUCACUGGCAAUGGAGGGCCCCCUGUCCAGGGUCAAGUCCUUGAAAAAGUCCCUGCGACAGAGCUUCAGACGCAUCCGCAAAAGCAGGGUGUCCGGGAAGAAACGCACCAUCGCCACACCCACCAGAAAGAUCCAAGAGGCCAACGCUGCUCUAGCAGAGCAGGAGGAAGUCGCUCCGGUCCAGCGGAGGAUUGAGCCGCGGUCAGCAGACGACUCGCUGUCUGGAGUGGUCCGAUGUUUGUGCUUCGCCGACACCUUCCUGCGUGACGGUACACACCACGGCCCCACACUAUGGGCAGGCACCAACUCAGGCAGUGUGUAUGCCUACGCUCUGGAGGUACCCGGCAUAGGCUUAGGGCGUGCGUGUGAGCGAGGUGGAGCAAGUGAAAGCAGUGUGUGUGUGGAGGCGGUGCUGGGUAAAGAGAUCCAGCUGAUGCACAGGGCCCCCGUGGUGUCGAUUUGCAUGUUGGACGGCCGGGGGAAGCCGUUACCGGACCCAUAUGAAGCCUCCCAGGACCUCGCCAUCGCACCGGAUAUGACCAAUGCUCAUUCUGUCCUCAUUGCAUCGGAGGAACAGCUCAAGGUGUUCUCUCUCCCUAAAGUGAGCGCCAAGACUAAGUUCAAGCUGACUGCGCAUGAAGGCUGUCGGGUGAGAAAGGUGGCCCUGGUGGUUUUCAGCUCCACGGCUCAGGAGGACUACAGUGAACACACACUGGUCUGUCUGACCAACCUGGGGGACAUGCACCUCUUCAACAUACCGGGCCUCCGACCACAGGUGCGCUACAACUGCAUCCGCAAAGAAGACAUCAGCGGCAUUGCAUCCUGUGUCUUCACCAAGACUGGACAAGGGUUUUAUCUGAUCUCUCCCUCAGAGUAUGAACGAUUCUCCCUCUCAGCGAAGGUCCUCACUGAGCCACUGUGCUCUGUUCAGCUGGACCGACCGCUGGAGCCCACACCUGCCAGCGACGGCACAACGACGCAGCCGCAGGCCAACGGUACCCGCAAGAACCAGCUGGGUCAGGCUGAGGGACAAACAGAGGAGUCUCUGAGCAGCCUGUCCUCUCCCGUCCUGGACACACCGCUGGACUCCCCCCUCAGCUGUGCCGACCUCACCAUCGACUCCACCGGAGAAAUAACUGUGGAGGAUGUCAGGGAUUUCCUAACCACUGUGGACGAGGCCGAGAACAACCUGAAGAACAUCAGUGAGGAGGAGGGACGUCCGACGGGUAUCCUCAUCAACUGAACAGGAUUGCAGAAAGGGGCUGAAGAGGUCUGGAUGGACCGGAUUUCAGUGCUGGACCACAAAAUCUCCCACCCAGCCUACUGUCGAGCCCCCAGCGAGCAGUGAGCACUCUCUUGUUAGCCUGGCACAAACUGGGAGGAAUGCCUCAAUAAGACUGGCUGUGGCUUCUUCUACUGGAAGAACUAAAUCUUCUUCUUCUUCUGUAAUUGCUUUGGACAUGGCGUCACGCUCUGGACAGACUCGGAGCUGAUGAUUCUGACUUCAAGACCUAAAGGCUGAAAUUUCCGUCGUCCAUCUUGAAUCCCUGUGAUCGAACCUCCUAGUCCUUCCCACAGUGACUCGGUGGUUGCAGCGUGUUUUUCUGGGCAUUAAGACUGGCCCAGCCUCGGAGGAAAGGGCUGUUGCACACUGCGUAGGAGAUUUAACGGUGACGUUGCUAUGUUUUCAUUUUUCUACCCACAGUCUGUAGCAUGCUGGGGCUCAGUCUGAGUUUUUCCCUCAGCUGGAGCUGGUGCUCUGUGGCCAGAUGUGCUUGUUGAUUCCUUGUGGAUGCGACGGACUGUUCUGCACACUGCUCGGCGAGACCACAGCCCUGUGAAUGACCCAUGUGUAUGAACUGAGGACAUAAGCAGAGACUGAAAGGGAGCAUUGUGGUGUUUGAGUUCACACUAGCAAAUUAAGUAUUUUGAAUAUCUGAGUAUUGAAAUGGUUAUAGAAUUUCUGCUCUUCCCCUUGUUAGGUGCCAGUAAGGGUAGUUGAAUUGCUUUACCCAGUGUCUUAUUUGUCCUAUGGGGCAAAUCCACUGUCCCUGUUUAUUGGGUAACAUAAAUCAGCUGUUUUCAAACCAGUGUUACACACAGACACAUUUCCACAAAGGUUGAAACAAGCUCUCUGUGUACUCUCUUGGUACUGAUGGGGGAAAAAAUGAGCACUGGGGUAAUGAAAGUGUUUUGCAUUGCAAAGAUUGACAAAUAUGUUUUCUAUGGCUUGUGAAGAAAGGAAAGAUAUUUUAUGACCACUAUAGUUUGGGAUGCAGGAGGAAAGACUUCAGUGAUUCCAGAGGUAAACGAAGGUGUUGGACAGAUUUGGGUGAAAUAUUUUUGACACUUGAGGAAACACCCUUAUUGCUAAAUGCAUGGUGUGAGUACAUCCCUGGCUUCUCAGUCUAAAUGUGACGAAUUCUGCUUUUAUCAGGCAAAAGUGAGUAAGAGCAAAUUGGACUAUGUGCCAUUCAGCGAGGAGCUGGACAGUGAUGUCAUGGGAGUGCAACAUGGAGGUGUAAAGCUACGACAGUUGUCGUGGAUUAUUUGGCCUCCUCAUAUUCAGUGGUCAUCAGUGAAAGGUCGGACUUUUCCAGUUUUCUACCUUCACCGCUAUGAUUCAUGUGACAUCACUGUCCUCUCAGGUUUAUAGUAAUGAAGCUGUGCACAUCAUAACCUUGUAAUAUGAAGUUACCUAAGACGCAUGAAUUGACAGCCUGUCCGAUGAGCUCAGAGUUCAUUGUGAUUAGAAUUUGAGAAUAAAGCUUUUUUUUUUAUCCUCAUUUUUCUUUUCUAGUUUGAUAAAAUUGAGGAAAAUGAACAUUUCCUCAGAAAUGAAGGGGUUGAAAGUUAGUUUAAAUCCUCCUCCCUAAACAUUUAAUCAUCUCGUACAGAAAUGUUUUUGAUGGGACUCAGGGAAGUGUAGCAAGGAAAGCAAAGUCAGUGAGUGCCAAGUGUUAAUGUACUGUGGUGUUUGGUGCAUCCGGGAGAUCCCAGUUUACGGUUUUGGUGCAUUCUGGGUAACAUUGGCUAAUUACAGGGCUUUGAUCACCAGUAUUAUCUAGCCCUUUAAAACACUUACUGUUGUAAAGCAGAUGUAUACAGUAUAUGUGUUUACAGUAGGCCGUAAGUGUAAUAGAAUUGGACCCUGUCAUGGUCUGAAACCGCUCAGUAUUCCUACAGUAGCUUCUCGAUCACCUCACGUAAAUAGUUAGCUAAAGGUAAAAAAGGGAUCUCAUUACUAAUUAAUGUAAUGUUAGUUUAACAUAAAGG